AGCUGGAGGAGGAGGAGGAAUGGGUGCUUCUACCCAGACAAACACAAACCUUAUCCAGCCAGCCGUUUUCCAGCACACAGCAGGAGGUGGAGGAGGAUCGGGCACUCCCGCAGCCGUUACGCAGCCUCCUGUGAUUGCAAACAGCACAUCGGGUGGCAGCGGUGAUGGAGGAGGACUCUCUGGUGCCUCCGGUUUUGGACCAGCGGGCAACAACGGUGCGGUCCUCUCGCAGAACGCAUUCUCUGCGUUAAGCAGUGCACAGCCUGCUGAUGGCCAGAGAGAUGGACAGCAGAGCCUUCUUGACGUUAUAGCGGAAGACAUGGCAACGUGGGAAUCUUCUGGACAGUGGAUGUUUUCGUGUUACUCUCCUGAGACAGGCAAGCCUAAUGUUCCAGGCUUUGGAGAGUUCUCGGCUGAGGAGGUGCGUCUGGAGUAUUAUAACUGCAGUGCAAACAACAACACUGGCUACUACAUCAACUCUGUCAAUCAGUUAGUGCAGCAGUGGAGAAAGAGGCUGCAGGAGCUGAAGGCUUUAAAUGGCUCGGGAAAAGCAGCGAUGCAGAAUGGCGGUGGAGGAGGAGGAGGAAUGGGUGCUGCCACCCAGAGAAACACCAACCUUAUCAGGCCAGCCAUGUUCCAGCACACGGCAGGAGGUGGAGGAGGAGGAGGAAUGGGUGCUUCUACCCAGACAAACACCAACCUUAUCCAGCCAGCCAUGUUCCAGCAUGACGUUAUAGCGGAAGACAUGGCAACGUGGGAAUCUUCUGGACAGUGGAUGUUUUCGUGUUACUCUCCUGAGACAGGCAAGCCUAAUGUUCCAGGCUUUGGAGAGUUCUCGGCUGAGGAGGUGCGUCUGGAGUAUUAUAACUGCAGUGCAAACAACAACACUGGCUACUACAUCAACUCUGUCAAUCAGUUAGUGCAGCAGUGGAGAAAGAGGCUGCAGGAGCUGAAGGCUUUAAAUGGCUCGGGAAAAGCAGCGAUGUCCGAGACGGUAUCAGACCAGACCGGUUAUAUACACCAAGGAGUGAAUUAA